AUGCUGGCACUUGUGGAUCCCACACUCCAAGACCUUUUCAAGGUAAUUCUAGAAGCUAUGGACAUACUCUUUAGAAUAAGAGGAGGCUUGGAUCUUGCGUUUCAGCUAGCAACUACUGAUGAGGCAUCAACAAAAAAGGCAUUAGGAUAUGUUUUCAGUGAUCUUGCAAACAAACUGUCCUCAGAUGUUCUUGUAUUAAGAAUUUGCCACAGUUCAGUCUAUGUGUGGCCUAACAAUGGUAUGAACACUGUUCCAGAGCUGACUGAUGAUUCUCCUUGUAAGGAGAUAAGGCGAUUUAUACAAUUUGAUCAAGAUGAUGAGACCAAACGAAAGCUUGGCAAAAAAAAGGAUAAAAAGUUACAAGAUACGCAGCAGGUAGUCAAUAUAGACCUCAUGUUGGAAAUGACGUCUUCAUUAGCUGCUUUGGCUCCAGUCAUUGAAAGGGAAAAUAAGGAACACCACUACAUUAAUAUGACAUUACCAGUUGAUGUUGUUGUAUCUGUUUCUCCAGAAGAAACAUGGGGAAAGGUACAGAAUCUCCUAGUGAAAGCAAUUCACGGGCAAUUAACUGACAUGGAAAGAUGUAUCAUGAAAUACAUGAAGGGAACAUCGAUUGUCGUACCAGAACAAUUUCAUUUUGUGUUACCAGGAAAAAAUCACCUUGUAACAAUCUCGUAUCCUACAGGUAUUUCAGAUGAUCAGCUGGAAAGUUACAGAAAGGAAUUGCAUGGGUUAUUCAAUCUGCCUUGUGACAGACCAUAUUUCAAGAGAGCAAAUGCUUAUCAUUUUCCAGAUGAACCAUAUAAAGAUGGAUAUCUCAGAAAUCCACAUUUACAUCUUAAUUCACCUGGUACAGAGUCUGGUAUGGUUUAUUUAGUACAUGGCGUAUAUAGUUAUCACCACUACAUGCAGGAUCGGUUUGAUGACGGUGGUUGGGGCUGUGCUUAUCGGUCUUUGCAGACAAUCUGUUCUUGGUUCAAGCACCAAGGUUACAUUGAUACACCUAUACCAACACACAAGGAAAUUCAACAGGCACUGGUUGAUGCUGGAGACAAGCCUGCAGCAUUUGUUGGGUCACGGCAAUGGAUUGGUUCGAUUGAGGUACAACUUGUUUUGAAUCAGCUCUUUGGAAUAACAUCAAAAAUAUUAUUUGUCAGCCAGGGUUCUGAACUAGCGUUGCAGGGAAGAGAGCUUGCUAAUCAUUUCAAGACUGAAGGAACUCCCGUUAUGAUUGGUGGAGGUGUUUUGGCUCACACGAUACUAGGAGUGGCUUGGAAUGAGAUUACAGGGCACAUAAAAUAUUUGAUUCUAGACCCCCAUUACACUGGAGGAGAAGAUCUGCAUGUUAUUUUGGAAAAGGGCUGGUGUGGAUGGAAGGGCCUGGAGUUUUGGAACAAGGACGCCUAUUAUAAUCUGUGCCUACCUCAACGACCAAAAACUAUUUAAAUUCCACUCUUAUGCUGGAACAUGCUAAGCCAGAAUACUAGCUGAUCUAGAUACAACUGUAUUGUUAUUUAUCAAAAUAAUGCUUUAAGUCAAUCAAAACCCAGUUGAAAUAGGAAUGUUGCUUGAGUUAUUUAAAUUAAGAAAUUUUUUUUUUAAAAUGAAACCUCUAAAAAUAAGAGUUGUCUGCUGGGAACUGUAUUUCUUACAAAUACAUUUAUUGGGUAACUAAUACUCUUUUCU